AAUGUCCUCUUUUAUAUUUCGAAGAGAGAGAGAAGACGAAGAGAGCUAAAAUCGUAUUGAUCGGAGAUUAUCCUGUUGUGUCUGUUCGAGCUAGCUUCUGCUGUUUCACCGUACUCGAGAUCUAAUCUAGCUACAACUCGUCUCGGUAGCUACAGGGUGAAAGAUAGUUCUCCUACAAGGGGUUUUUAAUGGACGACGCUGGCUCUGCUUCUUCUUCUCGAGAUUUGGAUGCACAGAGCCCUUAUGAUCGUUUGCUUGCUCAAGAUUCGAAUUGUAACUUGGAUUCGGUUUCUGGCAUUUAUUUAGCGAUGACGACGACGACGAGCUCGAAGCUGGAGUGUGUCGAUGAGCGUAGCCAAGAUUCCCUUAUUACCUCUGUAUGCAACGUGGAGGAUGAAGAGGAUGAAGAGUUCGAUGAGUUUGAUCCGUAUCUCUUUAUCAAGAACUUGCCCAACUUGUCCUCUGUUGUCCCUACUUUUAGGCCUGUCUUGCUUCCUAAACAGACCAGAAGCUGCCCUCCUAUCUCUCUUGUCCUAGACCUCGAUGAAACUCUUGUGCACUCUAGUCUAGAACCGUGUGGUGAGGUGGAUUUCACAUUCCCAGUACAUUUUAAUGAAGAAGAGCAUACGGUGUAUGUGCGUUGCCGUCCUCACCUCAAAGAGUUUAUGGAGAGAGUGUCUCGUCUCUUUGAGAUCAUUAUAUUUACAGCUAGCCAAAGUAUCUAUGCGGAGCAGCUUCUGAAUGUGCUUGACCCUAAGAGGAAACUCUUUCGCCAUAGAGUGUACCGUGACUCUUGUGUUUUCUUUGAUGGUAACUACCUAAAGGAUUUGUCUGUCCUUGGGCGUGAUUUAUCUCGUGUUAUCAUCGUUGAUAACUCCCCACAGGCAUUUGGGUUCCAAGUGGAGAAUGGUGUGCCAAUAGAGAGCUGGUUUGAUGACCCGUCAGAUAAAGAACUCCUUAACUUGCUGCCUUUUCUAGAAAGCUUAAUAGGAGCAGAAGAUGUAAGGCCGAUGAUAGCCAAGAAGUUCAAUCUAAAGGAAAAGAUUGAUGCAGCUGUAGCUGCACCUGAGUAUCCUGCUGAGGCUGGAGAUCCUUUUGAAAGAUAA